AUGAACAUCCAUGGAGGAAGUGAAUCUGUCUUGGAGACAACAACUAAAGCAGCUGCAGAACCACAAAUUUCUACAGCAUCACGAUCAAAUUCAGUAACAACUGCAGCACCAGAAAAACCAACAACAUCUGAACCAGCUCAAGCAACAAGACCAAUAACAGCAGCAGCACAAGCAACAGAAGCAGAAAUGGUGUCAACAACUGUAGCAGUUCCACUACAGUCACUGGCAGAAAAGAGGAAGGAAACCACAGGCAUCAGCAAUUACAGGGCAAAACCAACAGAUACUACAACAACAGAUCCACCACCAACAGAAAUAGUGCCAAUAAAAGAAUCAAAGGCAGCAACAGCACGAAGAAUCCUGUCAGCACCACCACCACAUCCACUACCACUACCACCACCACCACCUCCGGCCACAGAAGCAGCAGCAGCAACAACAGCAGCAGCAACAACAGCAGCAGCAACUGAACCAACAACAACAGUUGGAAAAACGACUAACAGUUGUAUGAAGGCAAUGAUAGCAACAUAA